AUGGCAGAGGCUACCAUGGUAUAUGAGCUCGAGAAAGAGGCGAUCACAACCGAGGAGGAGGAGCGAGCCUUUGCCUUGCUGCAGCGCAGCAGCUUCUUCAGAAGUCUGGAACCUGAAGUCUUGGCGGAGCUUCCUCGGAUGGCUUCUUUCUUGGAGGCUCCGAAAGGUGCAGUCGUCUUCCGCCAGGGGGAUCCUCCGGCCCAUUGCUGGCUGAUCGUCAGGGGAGAGGUGGCCUUCUUCAUAGGUUCAGGAAAUCAAGAUACCCCACGAUUGCCCGUCAGCGCAGGCUUCGAGGAUGUGCACGUUCCACUGCCCUGGGAAGAGUCGGCUCGAGUGAGGACGCUGGACGGUGUCAGCACGACGUCCUUGCAAAGCGACUUGGAGAAGUGUGUCGGCAAGGCACGGAGCGGCGCCGUCUUCGGCGAGCUGGCCCUGAUGCACAAGGACGCCACCAGAAAGGCAGCUGCCACCUGCCUGACGAACUGUGAGUUCCUGCUGCUGCCCGCCAGCGCCUUCAAGAUUGCCAAGGAUCGCCUGAUUCAGCUUCAGGAGGCAAAGAAGAAGUUUCUGAACCGCUUCGUCCCGGGCAUGAAGGCUUUUCCGGAGCCAGGCCCCAAUGAUCCUCCACAUCCCAGCUUCUUCUUCAACAAAUUGAAGGUUGAUCAGGACUUCAUUUUUUUGAAGCAGGGCGAGAGGGAUUCGCGGGUGAUCUACGUGAUCUACAGAGGCAAUGUACAUCUGAAGCAAGAGAAGGACCAUGGAGCUGAAACUUGUCAAACGCUGCUUCCCGGGCAACUGUUUGGGUCCUGGAUCAAUGCACUGGAGCCACUUUCGGCAGUGGCGGCCACCACCUGCGAGGUUUGGUUCGUGAAAGCUUCGGACAUGCGGCUGCUGCCCAGCGCUCUCCUGAAGGCGAUUCAGGAGCAUCUGUCUGAAGAGUACUCACAGCUGCUCAAGUCAGUGCACGUUACUCGCAGAUAUGGUUGGGAUGUGCUCAUGCCGAACCUGAUGCCACAUCCUAAGCCGUUGCCGCGGCAUGAGGAUCCUGACAGAUGGGCGGAGCACAUCCUCCAUCAGGUGCACGACCAGGAGAUGCGGACACAGUUCUUUGCAGCCACCAUCGGUGAAGACCUGGUCAACAGGCGCGUUGCCCUUCCUGCAAGUCCGGGGCACAUUCGCCGCUUUUGA